AUGGCCAAGGGCUCAAGGAGGCGAAUAGGUACAGUGAGCACAGCGAGGCCGUUCGAAAGGCCAAUGGAACCACGUGUUUUGAAUGGAUGCGGCAUGCACGUCCUGGGCUUCGUGCCGCCCGGUGGCUUGGUCACGACCCCGUUGACGAGCGCCACGUCUGGUCGCCAGGUAACGAAGACGGCUGAGAAGUUGAAGCUUGAGACCAAGGAGAUUGUGAAAGGUCCAUCCUCUUGGAAAAAGGGCAAGCCGUUGUAUGAGCAUGGCAACUAUGGCAGCUACUACAACUAUCGCCACUCCGAGAGCGAUUUCUUCGUCGGUGACCGACGAUUGGCGGCCCUGAGUGAACGCUUUGGGAAGAGCUUCUUGAAAGGCAAAGAAGUCCUGGACAUUGGCUGCAACUCAGGACUCGUGUCCAUUUCCGCGGCACUGGAUUUCCGUGCCAAGCGCGUCGUCGGAAUGGACAUUGAUAGCGGUUUGGUGGACUCUGCCAGACAGAACCUGGCGCAGACCGAACACCCACGUGCCAUCCGUGCGGCAGACUCCCUGGAGUUCCGUGCCGAGGACAUCCUCCACUGCCCGCUGCGGCGGCCACCCGAGGAGCUGCCUGAACGCUUUGAUGUCGUCCUGUGCUUCUCGGUGACGAAGUGGAUCCAUUUCGCGCAUGGUGAUACUGGCAUCCACAACCUCUUCAAGCGCUGCUUCAAGCGAACGAGGCCAGGUGGCUACUUCGUUCUGGAGCCGCAGGAGUGGGGUAGCUACAAAAAGAAACGUCACAUCACCAGAGAGGUCCGGCAAACCGUGUCGAAGAUCCAGAUCCGACCAGAGGACUUCGAAGAGUACUUGGUAAAUCUGGGCUUUGAAAAGGUUGCUGCUAUAGAGCCUCCAGGCGAUUUGCCCAAGAACUUCCAGCGCUUCCUCCGGGUCUUCCGCCGCCCGGACGACGUGCCGGACGCGGCGCCCGACGACGGGGCGCCCGCGGCGAAGGUCGAAGCGAAGCCCCGGAAGCGCAAGGCCGUCACGUCCGAGGCCAAGACACCGAACUUCGACACACCUCGCUCCAUUUCACCCAAGUCGGAGAGCGAUGAAGAGGAUGUACAGCUGGCGAAGCAAGCUCACACCAUCAGGAAGUGGUCAUAUUCAACGCAGGAAGAGGCCUCCUACGCCUUGCCCUUGACAUUCCUGGCAGAAAGUGAGUCCAUCAUUGAGCCAGAAACGAUCACCGAUCAGCGCAUCAUCACUCUGUACAAUGCUUCAGUGGAGCUCACAGAGGUGGGCAUUAGCACGGUGAUGGCCCCCAGUGUGGCGCGGCGCUUCGAGAAUGCUCUCGAGCACAUCAAGGUCACGGAGAACGGCUGCUUCGAGCCCAACGACUUCGUCAAUGAAGAAUUGUUCCAUGACGACUUGUUCUUAGAGGCCAUGGAAGCCUACACCACAUAUGGCAAGAUGGAAUCCAUUGUGUGCGAAAUGCAGACGUUGAUCAUUGACGUGUUGAAGGUCUUGAAUGAUGACUCUGAAGAACGUUUGGACAUCGUCGCCGGUCAGGCCAUUGGUGUUGCGGUGGGUCUUGAAGAGGUUGAGCACAAGACCAACGCGAUCAUGGAGCGAGUCUUUGGGCUCCUAGCAGCGCUGAGUGCUGAAGCAAAGAGCUUCAACUACACCGCAUGGUUGCAAGCCAUGGGUGAGAGCGAACUGGAAGUCACCGAGCUCGUUGAAGAGUUCAUGACGCAGAAGCAGGAGAUUCGAAAGCUUCUCUGGAUCUCCAAUAUCGAGGCGGACGAGUUCCUCAACAGCCGUCUUCUGGUCGCAGCGAUGACGUUUGCGAAGUGGUUCGAGAAGAUGCGCAAAGCUGCAGAUGAGUUCGAGGAGUUCCUCUUGAAGCAAUAUGAAGAAGGAGGCAGCUACGGCUGGUAUCGAUUCAAGCGCAUCUUCCAACAGCAGUCAGAAGAACGAAAGAGGUUAGCUCUUCGUUUGCAAGAGAAGAAAGAAUCAUGCAAAAAGGAAGCGCUGGAGAGCCAUGGAAAGCGUUUGGAAGCUGCAAUCGAAAUGAGGCGAGAGCGUGACGCUGAGAAGGAGUUUGAGCCUCCACCCAGCAGUGGUCUACCCACAGAGCGUGGUCGCCGCAUCCAGGUCACCUCCACUCCUUCGAUGGCUCCUGGAGGCGGCUCGCCUCACCGACGCAUCUCCUUCAACGCCAAACGCAGCAGUCACAUGGAGGAACAGAUUAUGACCUUCCUGGGCCAUGCGAGGGAGCACUUGGAUGAGUUGCAGGCUGAAGCUCAGGAGGUGCGGCACCUGGAGCAAAGAGCCGCGGAGCUGCUGCUUCGCCUCUUAACGAAGAUGCGCGUGCUGGAGCGACGGCGACUGCGGAAGGCAGCGGACAAGAGCAUCUCUCAGCGGGUCAAUGAUGUGAUGCCCGGCCGUUUUGUGGCGAUGCAUGCGAAGAAGCCAUGGCCAGCCAAUGAGGACUUCACGGUCACCAGCUCCUUGUUGCAGCAACAAGCCAUUUGCCGUGAUCUCAACAGCUUGUCAGUCCCUGUGGAGCUGAAAGAUAUUUGGACUGGCGUUGAGGGGAAAUUCUUGAUGAAGAAGAAAAAGAAGAAACCCAAGCCCAAGAAGAACGAGGUGGUAAAGACGGAGGAGAAGGCACCUGAGAUCGCAAGUCCGGCAGUGAACUUGUGGAGUCAAGCACGGGACUCCGUGGCGGUGGGCAGCGCGGUGAAUGCGAUCCAAAGCCUCCAGACGAAGGAAGAGGCGAAAAAGGAGGAGGUGCAAGCACCUGCCCAAGAAGCAGAGAAAGAUGAGGAUGAUGAUGACGAUUUGUUCAACUUCCCUCCCCACUUCUCCUUGGUCGACGUGCAACUUUUGCUCAGCGAUGCCGCGGUGACGCGCACGGAGCGGCUGCGGGAGCUACGGCAGGAGCUCUCGCAGGUGGCGCAGCAGGUUGGAGCCAAGUAUGGGCGACAAGCCUGGGAUUACAACGCGAAAGCCCUGGAAGCUCAUUCCAAUACCAACCCUUGGGCGGUGCUGGUUCCCAUCGUGGAGAAGGAAAUGAUGAAUCUUGGAGAGAGCGGGCGCUUCUUCCUGUCACGUCAGGAUGCAGCCAAUCUCCAAGAUUUGAACCGCUUGAUGCGAACGGUGAAGUCACAGAUGGCCGUGGAGACCUCCAAGAGUCGAAGCCACUUCGAUGAUGAUGAAGAGAGAUGGUCCUUCAUUUCUGAAAUCCAUAUUCGUGCGUUGAUCGAACAGCUCCGGCAAAUGCAUCAGACACUACAAGAUCGCAAAAACAAGGCGGCCAGGUUGGACAUUCGAGCGGAGCUCACCCAGGAGUUGGCUCAGUUGCAUCCCGAGCUGCGAUCCAGCUAUGGCUUGGCACAGAAACGGCCACCACCCAAGAAGCCUGCAAAGGAGGAAGUUGAGCAAGAGGAAGAGGAGGACGAGGAAGAUCGGACAGAUUCUUUCAAGACCUUCCUCUUUGCGUUGAAGUUCAAACAGAAGAUGUCUGAAGCGCAGAAUGCCACCAAGCUGAGAGAAACAAAGGUACAGCUGGACGGAACCAUUGCGAAUGCUCAGAAGAUGAUCCGGGACGGAUUUGAGGUGACGAAAACGUUGGAUUCAGAGAAGGAGGGCGUUCAGACCGAGGUGCAUUACUUGAAAAAGUUGCACAACCGCAUUGAGAUGACGAAUAUGGCGACCUUCCACCUGAAGCAGCUGAAGAGCGAAAAGGCCCUGAUGAAAGCUCGGAAGGAAGCAGGAGCUUCUCUCCCUGGCGCUCUCGAGCCCGCUGGUGAAGCCGGGGGGGCGGUGGCACCGCCCUCCGCGCCAGUGGAGACCGUGUCAAGUCCCAAGCGGAAGAAGAAGGAUGCAAGGGACAGGACCAAGGAGAUGAAGGCAGAUAUUAAGAAAUUGAAAGACGGUACAACAGAGGAUGCUCCCCAGUCGGACGUCAAGGCCAUGCAGCGCCCGCCGGUGGCAGGCAAUGCAGGCAAUGCAGGCCGUCUUUCUGUGCGCAAGCCGGAUCGUGAACAAGAUGGUCAACAGAAGCCGCGAUCCUCCUGGCUGGCCCGGGCUUCGACAGCAGUUGCUUUGGGUAAGACGGAGUCUAUGGUGCCAGAGCGGGGUGCGCCACAGACAGGGCCGAGAGGGAACGUGCCACAAGACGCGGCAAAACAAAGGUCAGCAACAGGGCCUGUGGGGCCCCUGGCCUUUUUCAAUGAUAAGGGUGCUGAAGGAGAGAUGUCAGGAAGCGAGGAGGACGAAACAGGAGCAGCAAGGAGGCAGAAGGAUGACAAGAGGGGGACUCUGAAGCGAGGUGACCGCAAAGCUCAGUUCAACAAGAUCUUCACAACAACCAUGCAGCGUCGCUUGCGCACUGCGACAGAUCGAUCUGCGGCCAUGUUGUUCAAGAAGUCCCUCAUUGAGGCCAACCGGAAUCAGCAAAUGACUCGGAAGAUCUUGGACUCCAAGCGUGGGGAUUUGCAGAGCUUCUUGAAGUUGACGCUGUCGAAACAUGGCAUCAAGACCAUGCACCGCAUUCAGUCGGCCAAAGAGCAGCAGGAGCGAUGGAAUGAUGAAGUCGACUAUAUGACCACCAAGCUACGCCGUGGAGCGGGCAUGGAAUCCAUGUGGCGUGAACGCCACGAUGCCUGGCUCCAGGAGAUGAAAGACACGUUUGGAGACAUGGUGCUGGAUGCCUUUGUCCAAGCGGAUCGUUUCAUCAACAAAGAUCAAUGGUCACAGCGAUUGCAGCAGAUCUUGCGAGAAACCUUCGAGCAGAUGAAGGAGGAACUUCCAACCGCAGAGGUGGACGUGAGUCAUCACAUUGAUGUACCGGAGAAGGACGAAGAAGAAGGAUUGACCUCGGUGCGGCUGGGAGAAGCUCACAUGGCCAAGCUUUUGCAGAAGCAGAACACCCUUCCCCAAAACCUGGAGGAGGAGGAGGAGGAGGCAGCUCCAACACAGGCGGGCCUCACCCUGGAGGACCUCCCAGAGGUUUCUCAGGCGUUGUCCUCCCGCGGCUUCUCCACGCCGGCCCGACGACCACCGGGAAUUCCGACCGCGAGCGCCACGCAGAGUCGGCAAAAAUCUGCGGUGGUCUUCCAGCCUGACGAUGUCAUAGAUGUACCCGAGCCCGUGGAAAGUCACCGGGAGCAUGAGCUACCCAGUUGGCUGACGGCAGGCCGUACGCGGACAAAGACCAGAGAGCUGGUGGGAUCGAAAGUGGAGGCCGAGGAUGUGGAAAGCGAGGUGUCUGCGGAGAUCAAGGUCUUCAACUUGGCUCGCAGGAGGAGUGUGCAGCCCUGGCUGGAGCCGGUGGAUUGGAUUGAAGAUGCAUCAUAUCGAGCUGCCUUGAAAACUCUUCAGAAGCAGUUCCAUAAAGGCAAGACCCGAGAAGAAGAGAUGUGGGGCUACAGCCCGCCAGUGGACGGCGCGAGGCGACAUCUUCGGAGGAAGCUCACCGAACGGACUUCGAAGGCCUUGAGCAAAUCGGCCGAAAGAUGCUUAAGCAGGAGGUUGAAGAACUUCCAGCUUGAGGAGCUGGAGGACGCUUCUGAGCGAGUGCAUCGCACAGCCUGGAGUCCCACAGCCAUUGCCCUGCAGUGCAGCCUCCGUCGCAGCCGGAGGCGCUCACAGGCCAGAGCUCGGGGUUUGGAUUGCGUGCUGACCCACGAUGGCGUGCGCUUCCGAGGUCUUCCCCGACGAUACUUGGAGGAGGACGUCUCCGAGUACACUGAGGCCACCGAAACAGAGGCCGCAGGUGGCGAGUCGAGCACCUGGCUGGCGGACGCCACCGUGCGGCGCUUGCGCCGCUUCCGGCGGAAGUUGCUGAAACGCUUUUGCGGCCCUGAGGAGGCCUACAACAACACAGUGGUCAGCCCGAUAAGCCUCUUGGGCUAUGAGCAGUUCUGUGAUAUGGCCGAGCAGAUUAGCUUCGAUCAGACCAACACAAGGAUGGUGUGGCAAAAGAUGCUGCAACUCUUGGGGAAGGAGGAGUGUGAGGAGCUGGAACUGCACAAGGGCGAAUUCUCGCAUGCCAUGAGUUUCGCAUGCGACAUACGCGAUCUCAACACCUUGAGAAUCCAUUUGCAACUGCGCUAUGGGUCUUUGGCGGCAGCCUUCGACCAGAUGGAGAAGAGGCAUUUGGAUGAGGACUCCUGGGCUGAGCUUUUGGCUUCUGUCGGCGCUUCACACGAAGAGGCCAAGGUCUUCUUUGCGUCGAUGCUGGCCAAUGGCAAACGCCAGACCCCCAAGAUCAGCCGCCGGACCUUCCUACUGGUGCUUCAGAAUGCUGAGGGUUUUGCAGCCGGCAAAAGCUUGAUGAGCUCUUUGAAGCUGAGCAACGAAGCCACUGCCUGGCGGGCGCUCAUGGAGCACGCUCGCAGGAUGGCCAAACACAAGGGCAUGCGACUGGAUGCUCAUUCAAUCACCGCCACAGAGCUGCAGCUGCUGUUGUCGCCCUUGUCCAGUGACGUCCAUUGCGAAGCGUUGAUCCGCAUGGCGCUCUCCAAGCGACCAGAGCACAGAGGUCCAGUGCGCCUUCGUUUGGAGGAGGUCUUAUUGGCUGCAGUGAGUGGCCUUGGACGACGUGCCGCGGAGCUCAUCAAGGAGUUGGGCCGAGAUUACGAGGGCGAGGACAGCAUCAAUCCCUGGCCAACCCGGAGCGGAGCUCGGGCCGUUCCGGCACCAGCCAGCCUGGCGAAGCGCUUGCGGAGCUCCAUGGCUGUCUCAGUGGCGGAAGCCGCCCGGAAGCUCCAAGCAGGAGACGCUCAUGAUGGUGUGAGCACCUUGAUGGGCAUUGUCGGUAAGAGACCUCCCAGCCACACGCGCAGUGUGGCCAGCGCCAGCAGCGAUACAGAGGAUGUGCCAUCAAUCUCCUCACGCGCCACGACCCGGAAGUCCUCACCGCAAAGGUCCAGGCCACGCUCGGCGCGAGAGGAGCUCUUGGAAUGA